UUGAAAUAUUUGAAGAUGCAAACUUUUACCAGACAAUGUCAUCUGGCAGUCCGAAUCGUUACCUUAAACAACAUCUCAAAUUUAUGCAAGAUUCCUUACGGCAUACCCUGGCGGAAAACGAAGAACUCAAGGACUUAAUCAAUGAAAUGGUACUCGACAAGCAAACCUUGAAAAAUGAUUUAUUUACCAGCAAAGUGAUAAAUGAAAAAUUGGUAACAAAAAUAGAUAGACAAAGAGAUCGUUUCAACGAGUACUACGAGGAAAGCCAAGCGGAAAUGCAGGACAUCAAAAUGACUCUGGGGCUGAUGCAGAAGUCCUUGCACGUCUCAAACCGCAAACUAGCACGGCACAUGAGCCGGUGUGCCAGGACCCGUUUCCGGCUGGGGGCCAUGUUUCUCCGGAUGCGGUCGACCAAACGGCGAUGCGAAAGCAGCCAAAACCGGUACCAGCAGAUGUGUUUCCAAUUUGCGUCCUACGUGCGGGAACAGAACCUCUACUUGAGUGCCGUUACCGAGGCCAAGAUGGACAGCGAGAGCAUCUCGUCCUGCCACGGUCAGUAUCUGGACCUGUUGACCCGCUGCUCCCAGUUGCUACACGAGAACAUGAACCUCCGGCUAUUGGCCAUGGCACAGAAGGAUGAAAACCGGACCGGAAGUUUGGUGAGGAGAUCGGAACGAGCAGCGCUGGUAGAUACCAUUGCCGGGUGUGGGUCAGAAUUGCCAUCGGCAAGGAAUUCUGCGUUGCCAUCAGAAGAGAAAAAGUUCCACACAGCAUCAGACCGUACCAAUUCCAAGUUGAAGCUUCCUAGUUCGAAACGUUAUCGCCCCAAGUCCGUUUGAGAGAUUGGAGAUG